GUUGAAGUAUGAUAUGGAAGGAACUGCAGAGACGCUUGGACGUGGAGAAAUGGAUCGACGAGCCGCUGGUGGAGCUCUACCUGGGCAGGGAAGCAGAGAUGCCAGAAGAAGUGAAUAUUGACAGCUUGCUCGACCUUCCUAGCGAUGAGGAAAGGGCCAGACAACUGCAGGAUAUUUUGCAUAACUGUAACAACAACACAAAAGUAUUCAUUCGUGAGCUCAUCUUCAAGCUUCAUGGACUUCAAAAGCAGGAUGUUCUUCACAACAGCGGGAUAGAACCCCACAACUAGGGAAAU